AUGUCGUCUUCUGGCCCAGCCCUCAGCCAGGGCUUUGGCUAUGGCAUCGUCUUGGGCGUCGGCUUCGCCUUCGCCCUCUUCAUGAUCGCCCUCACCCACGUCCUCAAACAUUUCAACAACCAGGUGCAAACCUCGGAAAUGUUCAACACGGCCGGCCGGACCAUGAAGUCGGGCAUCGUGGCCGCCGCCGUCGUCUCCUCGUGGACCUGGGCUGCCACUCUCCUCCAGUCGUCCGGCGUGUGCUACCGAUACGGCGUCUCUGGUCCGUUUUGGUACGCCUCCGGGGCCACCGUGCAAAUACUCCUCUUUGCCACCUUGGCCAUCACGCUCAAGAAGAGAGCCCCCAACGCGCACACCUUCCUCGAGGCCAUCAAGGCCCGGUACGGCGCGCCUGCCCACCUCACCUUCAUGACCUUUGGCUUGAUCACAAACGUCCUCGUCUCGCUCAUGCUCAUUGCUGGCGGCUCGGCGACGGUCAAUGCCCUGACCGGAGUCCAUGCCGUGGCUGCCAUCUUCCUCAUGCCCAUCCCCGUCGUGGCCUACACGUUUAUCGGGGGACUCAAGGCAGCCUUCAUCACCGACUACAUCCACGGCUUUGCGCUCUUCGUCAUCAUCAUCACCUUUGCGCUGACGGCGUACGGCACGUCGGACCUGCUCGGCAGCCCGUCCAAGGUGUACGACUUGCUGGUGGAGGGGGCCAAGGCGCAUCCCGUGGACGGCAACAAGGACGGGAGCUACCUGACGAUGCGCUCCCAGGGCGGCGCCACCUUCUUCGUCAUCAACAUUGUCGGCAACUUUGGCACCGUCUUCCUCGACAACGGCUACUACAACAAGGCCAUUGCGGCGCACCCUGUCCAUGCCUUGCCGGGAUACAUCAUGGGCGGUCUCGCCUGGUUCGCCAUCCCCUGGCUGACGGCCACGACCCUCGGCUUGUCCGCCCUGGCCCUCGAGUCGAACCCUAGGUUCCCCACGUAUCCUCACCGCAUGAGCCAAGACGAGGUGUCGGCCGGCUUGGCUCUCCCCUACGCCGCCGUGGCCUUGCUCGGCAAGGGCGGCGCCGUCGCAACGCUCAUCAUGGUCUUCCUCGCCGUCACAUCCGCCUUCAACUCGGAACUGGUGGCUACCUCGUCCAUCUUCACGUACGACAUCUACCGAACCUACGUGAACCCCAAGGCCACCGGGAAGCGCCUCGUCCGCAUGUCGCACGUCUGCAUGGUUGCCUACUCCUCCGUCAUCUGCUGCAUCUCCAUCGGCCUGUGGUACAACGGCAUCUCCAUGGGCUACCUGUAUCUCCUCAUGGGCGUCCUCAUCUCCGCGGCCGUGAUUCCGGCGACGCUGACGCUCCUCUGGGACGGACAAAACCGCUGGGCCGCCGCCGUCUCGCCCAUUGUCGGCACGGCCUGCGCCAUUGCCGCCUGGCUGGCCACCGCUAGCAGGACGUGCGGUGCGCUGGACGUCGCGUGCACGGGCUCCAACGACGCCAUGCUCGCGGGCAACGUGACGGCGCUGCUGUCUCCGGUGGUCCUGGUUCCCGCCUUGACUCUGGCCUUUGGCCAGGACAAGUAUGACUGGAGGUCCAUGAUGGAGAUUCGCAAAGCCGACGACCACGACGUGGUUGAAGAUUCGGGCCUCGACGCCGAAGCCCAGCGGCAAGUGGAAAUCUCGACGAGUCGGGAGAGUUUCGAAAAGGAGCAGCACAAGCUUAACAAGGCAUUCAAGAUUGCCUGCAUCAUUACGACACUCAUGGCUCUUAUCUUCUUGGUCCUCUGGCCCAUGCCCUUGUACGGAUCAGGCUACAUCUUUUCCAAGACAUUCUUCACGGGCUGGGUAGUCGUCGGCAUCAUCUGGAUCUUUUGCUCCUUCAUCGCCGUUGGGUUGUACCCGGCGUGGGAGAGUCGACAGACGUUGACCAAGGUCAUCAAGCUGAUUGUCACGGGGAAGAAGCUAAAGCCUGUAUUCGUGGGUGAGCAGCCCACGCCGGAGGAUCCAAGUGGCACCGCCACGCCAAUCAAGUCGGAGUCUGUUUCAAAAGCUGUCACGGUGGGAAGCUGA